AUGCACGUCGCGGUCAGAGCCAUAAGAGCAAGAGGAAAUAGCUUCUAUGUUAUGAAUAAGAUUAUGGCUCUUGCUGAGAUUUUAAGGAAAUUUUCUAACAAUGGUACACAAAAAGUAUUUGUUGACACUUUUGAUUCUCCUAUAGGCAAAGUUGUUGCUGUUGCUGAUGAAGAUUUCUUAUAUAUUUUGUCAUUCGUAGAUUCAAAGAAUAUUGAGAAAAUGUUUCAAAUAAUUGCUAAAGAAUUAUUUUGUAAGUUUAUAGAGGGACAGAAUAAAAUGUUAAAAAAAAUUUGGUGCGAAAUACAGGAUUAUUUUGAUGGAAAACUUGCAAGAUUUACUGUUCCGAUUAAGUUUUUCGGUUCUGAAUUUCAAAAGGAAGUAUGGAAUAAAUUGUUAGAAAUUCCUUAUGGAUCAACACUUACUUAUGGUACACUGGCAAAAGAAAUGGGAAGGCCAACCAGCCAUUCUAGAGCUGUUGGAGCAGCAUGUGGAGCUAAUUCUCUCAUAAUUGUGAUCCCAUGUCAUAGACUCAUUGGGAGUAGCUCGAAAGGAGGUUUUAGUUCUGGAAUUGAUCGUAAAGACUGGCUAAUAAUUCAUGAGAAAAAGAAUUCCAAA